GUGUGGAGGGAGGUGGAUGCAGAGAGCUGCCCGUGUCACCCCCCUUUCUUUCGCUCAGCCAAUCGCGCGCGCGCUCCUCGAGUCGCACGGAAUAGCCCAAAAAUCUCAACGCAGCCGCUCCGCUCUCUCAAUGCCCGAUCCUUCUUCCACCCACACGGCAGCUGGAAAGAGGCGGAGUGAGACUGCAGGACCGGGGAAGACACUUGCAAGACCAAGGAGCGGGUGGUCGAGGGGGUCACUAAUGCAGUGGUAGUGCGACAAGGCUCUAAAGGGAGGGGGUCGGGGGCUAACUCGGUUUCUACAAAAGAAAUCGUGGGGAAAAAAAAGUUUGAUAUUUUCUCCGAACAGUCGUCCGUGCGUGGUCUUUGAAUUAAAAUAUUUUUUGUCGGGGGGGGAGGGGGGCACAGGCGUCUCACUCCAUUCUCGGGCUGUUGCCGACAUGGGGGGGGGGCGGUGAUGGUUGUGAAGACUGAAGAGUGAACAGUGCGCGACCACCGCUCUUCACGAGGCUCCCUCGUACCGGGGCUGGCGAUUGGCCACGCUUUCAAAUCUCACGAACAACGUUCGAUUUUUUUUUCUCACGCGCGCGCGCGUGUGUGCGUGUGCGUUGGAGGCGGCGGCGGGGGUGGGGGGUGCGGUGUGAAAGCAGCGGUAGUAAGACUGGAGAUUGGUGGCAGUUCUAGCCACGCAGAUAGGGAGUUGAGUGGCCGGGGACGGCUGCUCCUCCUGCAAGGUGACACGCUGGCGCACCUCCAGGACAUCCGCUGUCUCUUUGAGGCGGCGCGCUGCACCGCCAAACUGCCCGCCAGCCUCGGCGACAUGGACAUCUUGACUCUGCUCGACACGAUCAAGAAUGGGAAGUUUGCCCUGCUCGGAUGCUCAGCAGGUCCACCGUUGCCCCUCCAGCGGAAUGGCAUCGCCAUGCCCUCCCGACCCGAGCUACCCCACUUGGGUGACGGCGACGGUGGCGGCGGCGAUGGGGUCAGGAUGCGCCCUCCCCCGGUGGAGGUGGACGAGGACGAAGUGCAGGCGCAGCCGCUGGCGCUCACCAUGCACAACAAGCCCGCGGCGCCGUCCUCCGCUCCCGUGCCCAUGGUGACGUCGCCCACCGGGGGAGGCCCUCCGGCGAGCCCCGGCAAGCGCAAGUUCACCAGGCCGCAGGCAGACGGCGUCUCGCAGCAGGGCAGCGUGGAGAGCGAGGACGAGGAGGACCCUGCCACCAAGGCCAGCCGCCUCAUGCCACUCAACCUGAGCAAGUCGGCGAGCGUGGACUACAUCCGCGAGCGGGAGAAGGCGCGAGGACACAGCCCGCUGGUGCGCAGCGCCUCCCUGCCGCCUCGCCACCUGGCCGGCGCCGCGGCGUACCGCUACGCGGGGCCCUCCAGCAGCCCGGGGCUCGCCGUGUCGCCCAACCCGGGGCCCUCCAGCCCGGGGCUCGCCGUGUCGCCCAACCCGGGGCCCUCCAGCCCGGGCGAGGCGGCACGCUCCGGGGCGCCGUUCCUCCGCGCCGGCACCCUCCCCGCCUUCCUGCUGCAGCAGAUGAGGCCGUCCGUCAUCACCUGCGCCCCGGGCGCGUCGACGCACCGCAACAACGGGCGCCACGUUUCCAGGCCGAUCUCCGUCUCCAAUGGGCUGAGCACGAGCCACCGCCGAGAGCCCAGUGCAUCCAUGAGCUCGGACCCCGUGGUGGAGGAGCACUUCCGCCGCAGUCUGGGCCGUGACUACCGGGAUCCGGCGGCCACGGUGACGGCAGCGGCGGCGGGGGUGGCGGCUGGGGCGGCGUCGUGCCGUCCCGGCGACCCGACGCUGGCCUCCAACCGCGUGUCGGUCACGGGCUCGGUGGACGACCACUUCAUGCGAGCGCUGGGCGACACGUGGCUGCGGCUGCGUUCGCCGGGCAGCGGCAGCUCCGGCGACGACCAGAGUCCUCACCCGGCGUCGCCGCCGUUCCCCUUCUCGCCGCCACCGCUGCUGCUGCUGCCACCGCCUGCGGUCCGGUCCGAGUCCGGCGUUCGGGCGUACGGGGGGCAGACGGCGGCGGUAUCGGUGUCGCCGCACCGUCCCAGCCACAGGGCGCCCUCCCCCCGCGUGCUGCUGUGAAGAGCGCAAAAACGAAAUUCAAACGAUGACAAUAAAGAAACGGCCGCUCCGUCAGCGUUGAAGUCCCGGCAGGGGCAUGAACUGUUGACCGAGUCCCCAGUGCACCGUGGGCCGUGUUCUCGCACUCCGCGGUACCGCACGUUUCUUCUCGUUAUUUCCCUCGUUUCAGUUUUCUAAGUUUCCUUCCCGAGUCUGAAAAUCACUCCCCGGCGCAACGCGCAUGGAGGCCACCCGCACCGCAUGAAUAAAACGCUGCCACGAUCGGAAUCUUAAAUCCAUGGAAAUGUCUUUAAAUCUGUCCUCCACUCACGCCUACCUUCCUUCACCGCUGACUCGCUCGUGGGAGACCGAUGCGAUUGGAAAGUGUGUUGUAAUUUGUUUUUUUUAUACUGGAACUUUUUUUUUUACAUUCUGUACUCUCAAGUAAAUAAUUAUCUGGAAUACUUGGGUAUUCUAUUAUUUUUAUGAAAACUAUCUUCAAGUUUCUUUUAGUUUUUUGUAUACACCCUGUUAUGUUCAAGAGAGAUUUGGAUCUUUACGACUGAAACUUUUUUCGUGGCGAUGUUUAAAAACGUUUAAUUUGAUCGUCACACGAUUUGAGUAAACAAAACGAAAACUUACAAUAGCGGCGGUCAAGUUUGAGCUUCAGAGGUGAUUAAACGGCUUGUUAAGAAUAUUUAAUCAUCCAUUAUGAAGAAAAAGCCCAAAUCCGUUUUAAUCACGGUUGUGCUGCGCAGCUCUCCGAUGUGUUUUUGGGUCAUACCGCCUGUUUGCUCCUUUGCUGAAGAAGCUCCCAGCACGUGGAAGCAAAACGUCGGACACCAGGCCAAACAAUGCGUGCGGCUCAAACCUGAAAUCGCACCGGAGAGUUGCACCAUUUUUUUUUGUUUAAUUUUGUUGUCAAAGGGAUGCCUGAAAGAAACGCCGUUUGUACUGCCAUCAUAAAACUUGUGGUGGCCAUUUGCCAUCAGACCUCGUUGAGGUUUUGGAACUCUGUACAUUUCAUUGCAUUAAGUGCGUGCUUGUGCUUUGGGUACUUUUGCACUAAAAUAAGGGGGAGGUAAGUUAUUAAUGAGGACGUCUGUCGCAUUUCAGAAUGUUGUGUACUGCUUAUACUGUCAGUUUGGAUUGAAUUGACGAUGCUGGAAUUGGUAACCGGCGGGAACUUCCAGUGUCGCACCAGCUUGUCGUCUGGUGUUUGACACAGGUUAAAGUGCGUACUGCCAUAUACAGACUUUUAAACGAACGAACCAAAACAUAUACAUGCGAGCCGCAUUAGAACUAGAGCUGGGCCACCCAACUAUUUCAAUGAUCCGCUACUCAAUCACUGAAACAGUUGGGGAGAAGAAAAAUGAUCACCUCUAGUCCAUCAACGCCCCGCUGGACGGAAAGGUGACAGGCACCUUUUGAAGGGGACCCGGGUAAAUUAGUCAAUUAUAUUAUCCAGUCGAUUAAUUGGCCAAAUUGACUUUGUAUCCCAGCUCCAGUUGUACAAACUCUAUUGAAACUUCACUUCCAGCCUUCACCUCAAGUAUUAGAAAGGGUAUAGAUGUGGUCCAUCAUCCAUCCAGUCCUCCGUUGGCACUGCCCAAAUCCCGUGUCCAGAUAUUUCAUCAGAAUUUGGAUGCCGUUUUCAACUUUGCCGUUUUAACACGCAGUGCGUGGAUGUCGAUUGAUCUUUAAAAUGACAGCCCCCCCUUUCUUCCUGGAAAGGUCACGCAAAGUGAGGACUUCUUCCUUUGGUCCCAUUUUCAUAGGCUUUAGGUUUGGUGUCGCGAUAUUGUCGUUAUCUGUACCGUAUUACACUUUAUAUAUAUAUACCUACGUAUUAAUUUUCAAACUAAUAGACAAACGUGAAUGUGAGGCUGGAACGCGAUCAAAUAAUGCUUCCGCCAGAUUAUCUCAUUCAUGCGGCCGUUUUUAAAAAAUAUAUAUUUUGGGACCAUUUUGUCAAAAAACGAACAUUCCAACAUCUACGCUUCGCGAUGUCGCAAGGAUGGCCAAGCAGAGCUGUAGCCUUUGUCCCCGAAAGCUUGAAUGCAUUUAAUGCCCUGGAUUACCUACCGUUGCCCAUCGGUAACUUUUAAUCUGUAAAUCAUUUUAUAGCAUUUGUAAAAUCGUUACGGCUAGGCUGGUGUCCAGCGUGUGGAGUUGAUUUCCAAGUCUUGCGUUCCUGCUACGGACGCUUUUUUACUUUCAGUCGAAAUGUCAUCGGUUCGGUUUCUGCUGUUUGACAACUGCAGGCAUUUUUAAAAAAUAAAUAAUAAUGUAUGUGUUUUUUUGUUUGUUUGUUAAAGCAGCCUUGUAAACCUCUGGUCCUCGAUGGGACCGCCAAGAUAUCUUUCGUUUGUACGGCUGUUGUUGGGUUUUGGGAUAGCCGGCGCCGAGCAUGGCAUGAGUAGCCGGUUAUUGUUGUUGGAAUAAUGGCUCUGUGUGGGCCGGGUUUGAGUUUGGUUAAGUUGGGGGGUGGGGCGCUGGAUGAGUGUAAGGGGUACAAAUAAUUAAGAUAAAGGGCGGGGUGCGGGGAAAAAUGUUGAACAUUUCAAAAAAAUACAAGGGGCUAAAAAGUUAUGGUUUACAUGGCCACAGCUGCGUGUGUGUGUCUGAAAUACAAAUGUGCUGAAUCCCAUGCAACCCUUAGCUAAUGCUGGACAUGACGAAGCAUUACCAGACGUAAAGUUUUUGUUUUUAUAUAAAUUUUCAAGUUUAUAUUAUAAUUUGUUUUGUGGAUUCAUACCUAGGCACAUAUAGUUUUUUUUAUUUUUAGACUUAAAAGUAUGGCUGUGUUUUUUUUUCAUUGCACCCUUGGGCAGUUAUUCCUGAGUGCAGGAACAACAGAGAAAACUGGCUCAUGGUCUACAGCUCUUGUGUACAAAAAACGCACGCUCGUAUGCGAUUCCUCCGUUCGUUACAGCUCUUUUCCCACUUGCACAACCGAGCCAUGCUGCGGCUGUGCCGAGCAAGCGCGGCGUGGGUCAGGAGAGCACGGGCUUUGCUUUUCCACUGCACUAAGCUGAGCUGUGCCGUUGACGCCGCACACGAUUCGUGAUGCUCGGACGCAUCCAGGUGACGAGGUGACGUUGGUUCAAGAGUUGUACCGACCGAUGUCACGCGCGCUCACACCGGUCAUUAGCACCGCCCCAUACGUGGCUUGGCCCUGAGCCAGAUUCAGAUGUCUUGUGAGGCCAGAGUAGCACGGUUUGGGUCUGUCCUGGCUUGGUGGAAAACUACCCGUCGCCGUUCUGGCCCCCCGUACUGGCAUGUGUCGGAUGAGCAAAGCGUAAGAGGGGAACUAGUUUAGCUUUUCAAGGGCAGGUGAAUAGAUUUGAUUCAAAUGUUGAGAGAUGCCCUUACAGCAUGCUUUAUUUGAAUUAGUACUUGAGAUGCAAAAUCUGCCUUUCUUGAUUAUUGCUGUCGCUUCAUUAAGGGAGGGGGAGGGGUGUGGGUGGCAAAGGGUGACUAUUUUUGCCGAUACAUUCUAUUUUUUACACAACGUAAUUCUGGGGGUUUGGGGGGGGGGGGAUCGAAAUUGCAUGUGACCUGCACAUUUUUAAACAUUCAAAUAAAACUCUGUGUGCGAGCGAGCGAACGCGGGUGAUACAUCUGCUCGAAAAAAAUCCAGACUCCACAAAAGGGGCACAUGUCCUAAUUUCACAUUGGGGCUCAAUGGAGCCAGAUUAAAUAUAAAUGGGAAAGUAUAUAUAAAUUUAUUUUUGCCGGUUGCAGAAAAGCCUGGGUGCAUUUACAAUCACGUUAGCAAGGAAGCGCUACUCUAAUGCUUGAAUGUCUUCGGUCUUCAUUGCGAUUCGUUUUAUUUUUUUACAAAAUGUUGCUUUUUUUUAGUGCUUUGUACAUGCAGGCAUUAUGAACAAUAAAGCUCGGAUACAAAGGUA